ACAAACUACAAGUAGAAAGCAAAAUAAAACCAGUACAAAAGAAAAAAAGCGAUGGCAAAUCCUUUGUUCCUCUCUGUUUCCCUAAGCCUGCUCAUUCUCUUCCACGGCUGUCUUGCUCGCCCUGGUCGUGGAAGUUCUCAGCAACAAAACCAGUGUCAACUCAACAGCCUGGAUGCCCGUGAACCCGACAACCGCGUUGAGUCUGAAGCCGGUGUGAUCGAGUCGUGGGAUCACAACGACCAGCAGUUCCAGUGCACAGGCUCCGCCGUUCUUCGAAUCACCAUCGAACAGAAUGGCCUUCACUUGCCUUCUUACAGCAACGCUCCCCAACUUUUCCACGUUGUCCAAGGAAAGGGUGUUCUAGGAGUCAUCUUCCCUGGUUGCCCUGAGACUUUUGAAGAGUCUGAUGAGGAAUCUCAGCAGCAAGUACGUCAAAGACAGCAAGGCCAGCAGGGACAGCAAGGUAGGCAAGGGCGACAAGGACAGCAAGAGCAAGAACAGCAGCAAGGACGGCAGGGACAGCAAGGACGCCAAGGACAGCAAGGGCAACAAGGGCAACAGGGACAGCAGGGACGCCAGAGACAGAGCUCCCAGCAACAACAGGACCGCCACCAGAAAGUCCGUCGCAUUAGAGAGGGAGACAUUGUUGCAAUUCCGGCAGGAGUAGUCUAUUGGACCUACAAUGACGGUGAUCAAGACCUUGUUGCCGUUAACUUCCAUCACGUCGACAACGAAGAUAACCAGCUUGACCAGCAACCUAGGAGGUUCUAUGUUGCUGGUAACCCAGAAGACGAGUUCAAUCCAAACCAAAGUCAGCAACGAAGGCAGCAGGGACAACAAGGAAGGCAGCAGGGACAACAAGGUAGGCAGCAGGGACAGCAAGGAAGACAAGGAAGGAAGCAGCAAGGACAACGUGGACAGCAAGGAAAUGGCAACAACGUCUACAGCGGCUUCGACCAACAGCUUCUUGCCGAUGCUUUGAAUGUUAACCAAGACGUGAUUCAGAAACUUCGAGGGGAAUCUGACGACAGGGGUAACAUCGUGAAAGUACAGGGUCAACUGGAUUUGGUAGCCCCACCCACGUCGCAGAGUGAGCGUCAGAGAGAGCAGCAACUUCAACAGGAACUACAACAAGAGAGGCAACAACAGGGCAGUCGAAAUGGAGUGGAAGAGACGAUCUGCACUUUGAGACUCAGAGAAAACAUCGGCGACCCUUCACGCGCCGACGUUUACUCCCCACAAGCCGGUCGCCUCAGCACUGUCAACGCCUAUAACCUUCCCAUCCUCAACCACCUCGGCCUAAGCGCCCAGAGGGGCUUCCUCUACAGCAACGGCAUCUACACCCCACACUGGAACAACAACGCACACGCUGUGGUGUACGUCAUAAGGGGCCGAGCCAGAGUUCAGGUGGUGGACGACAAUGGCAACAACGUGUUCAACGAUGAGGUGAGUGAGGGACAAGUGUUGCCGGUGCCACAGAAUUUCGCGUUGGCGGCGCAGGCAAGCAAUGAGGGAUUCGAGUGGGUGGCAUUCAAAACUCACGAGAAUGCCAAAAUUACUCCUCUGGCCGGAAGGCUGUCGGUGCUCCGAGCACUCCCAGACCAAGUCCUUGAGAACGCAUUCCAGUUGUCACGGGAUGAGGUCCAGAAUGUGAAGUACAACAGGCGACAAGUCACCCUGUUAGACUCCAGCUCUUCUUCUUCCCAGAGGAAGGCCGUCGCUUAAAAAAUUGAAUCGAAUAAUACUGGAGCGGAAACAUGUAAAAACGGCACGUAGUUUUUCUUUUUUUCUUUUUUCUUUUUUCUUUUUUUUUUUUUGGGUUACGAAGACUAGCAAGAGUAAUGAAUAAUUACGGCCUUGUUAUUGGCUAUGUUUAUGUCCGAGUUUAAAGCUAGCUUAUGUCAAAUAAUAACUACGUGUACCUUUUGAGAUCAAUAAAAGCGAAUUUUCCCUGCUAA